GAAACGUUUCAGCCAAUCAACGCUCACCAGGCUUGGGUUUACUCCGCCUACUUCGAUCCAGCCAAUCAGACAGUUUAUACCAUUAAGGUUUUCGCCAUUGGGAAAUACUUUGAUAACCACCCCGUCCAGUGUCAUCUAGAGGAGAACGGAAGUACGAUUGUUGUGAAUGGAACCAGAGAAACAGUGCCUGACGGACACAAUUCUGGGUAAUAGUUCAUUCCAAUAGGUCAUCCAACUGGUCAUCCAUUAGGUCAUCCAAAAGGUCGUCCAAUAGGUCAUCCAGCAGGUCAUUCAUUCAAUAGGUCAUUCGAAAGGUCAUCCAACAUCUCAUCCAAUAGGUCAUCAUAAUUUUAACCCGCUAAACAAACUUCCUUAUUUUAUUAACAAAUUCAGCCAUUUUUUUAUGGGACACUUCCCAUUUCUUCCACCUACGAAAAGCCCCGAAUUCCUAUUUCAUGUUUCUAAACUAAAUCCCACGUAUACUUUCAAUCUGAAUAGUUUCUUUAAUUUCAAUUCACUGUGUUGUCAUCCAACACUUGUUUACAGUGCCAAAAUGACUGCCCCAACCGAAGAUAUAAGAGCAGGGCAACCUAAAAGGAUUUUAACCCCAGAACAUAAUAAGUUUUUUUUUUUUUUAAAUUUCUAGGCAAUCGUACUCCAAUGCAACAAGAUAAUGUCGGAAGUAUCGGGGAUACCCAACUUGUAACUUAAUUCAUAUCUACUCAUUUAUCUUAAAAAAGAAAAACAGAGGAGGUCAUCACAGCCGAACUUGUUAUUCAUCUCUGUGUCGCCUGGUUUUCAUUGUUACAUUUUAUAAUGUACUUUUGUUGCUUUUUUUUUUUUUACCUCCCCACAGAUUUUGGGCUGUUUGCUACAUGUGCUCUUUUAGUAACAGCAGCUAUCCAGACUACGUGUCCUUGACAUUCAACGUCUCCGAAAGACCGAGCAAUCGGCUAGCGGUGACCUACCCACAACCACGAGAAUUUCGGCGCGAGUUCGCGGUCUGCUUCGCUGCUCUCCACGAUUACAAACAUCCGUCCCGGCUCGUCCACGCCAUCGAGAUCAACCGAGUACUCGGCGCCGAGCAUUUCUACGUGUACAACUACAGCGUCUGCAACGCCACGGACGCCGCGAUGCGUCACUACCAGAGACUCGGGCUCCUCACCGUCCUGCCGUGGUCGCUGCCUACUCUGGACAUCUGGUACUACGGCCAGAACCUGGCCAUCAACGACUGCGUCUACAGGAACAGGUUCGUGUCCCGGUUCGUCGUCAUACAGGACACGGACGAGCUCAUAGUACCGACGCGUCACAGCUCGUGGGGCGAGGUCAUCAACGUCAUCGAAUCCGACAGAGACUCCACAACGAACUCGUCUGUGCGUGAUGAUACGAGUCCUUACGCAUCGUACUCUUUCGAAUCCACUUUAAACAAAGGGAUGCCCGACCUCACGACAUGGGAGGAGCUCAAGAAAAACUUUUCCAUCUCAGGCGAAGAAGAGCAGUUCAUCACCAACAACUCCAUCAUCCUUUUCCUCCAUGUGAUGCGGGUCAACUGGACUUACAAGUUCAAUGACCGCUCGAAAACGAUUGUUCGUCCGGAGCACGUGAUAUUCUCCGGGAUUCACUACACGCACGCGCUCAGAGACCACGCCCCAUUCACGGUGGUCAGCGUCGAUCUGGCCGUUGUCCAGCAUUUUUAUAAAAUGAUAAGCGACACGAACUGUAUUUUGGACACGUCGUUACUCAGGUUUAUCCGACC